AUCUUGGCUCGAAAAAGCUCAGGGGUAUUAUAUUGCAAGCAGAAAUUGGCGAAAAUUAUUUGAAAUUUCUUUGACCGUAAUGGAAAGUGCCGGAUACCUGAUAUUUCCGAGCUCUCCACGGAUUUCGACUGAAGCUUUCUUUGAAGAUCCCUCUCAAUUUCCCGUGAAAUUGUUCAAUUUGUUAAAUCAGAAGCCCGUGACAUCAGUCAACCAUGCUUCUUUGGCUCCAAAUCCAUUUUGCAUAUCGAUCGGCAUAGCAUGUUUUGUCUACUGCUGUCACGAAUUUUAUAAUAUCGUAUCCGGGUCGAAACACGCAUUAUCACCUCAGAGCCAUGAAAGUUGUAUAAUACCCAUCUGGAUUAGAAAGGUUAAUGCGAAGCCUCUUCCUUCAUUUUCUCAUGAUCCGAGAGCGAGCAAGAAACAAAGGAUAAGCUUCUUAUUGACAGAAGAUUCCGGUCGAAGCCAUAUAGAAAGGGAAGAGGAUGGAGAAUCUGAUUGUUCAGUAGCACAAGAUGAUCACAGGGGAAAAAAUGUCAUGAACGUCCGAAAUUUAUUAAUUGAUGAUGACAAACCUGGAUCAAUGGAAGAUCGUCAAUUUAAAGAAUGGCAAGAGUCUUUUGAUUCAACAAAAACAUCCGUUAAUGAUGCAACUCUAUACUUGGAACGUGCAUCAAGUUGUUGGAGUAAUCUGAAAUCCAUGGUGGAGCGUGGAGGAAAAAAAACGGACUUCCUAGAUCAAGAAUUCGCAAGGUUACUCGAUAUUUGGAAACUUCCACUUGACAUUUCAAAUGCGGUUAAGUUGACACGUGCGGACGGCGAGCUUACCAGCGGAAAUAUCCAAGUGGCUUAUACUUUUUAUAGGGAGAUAAUGUCAAAUAUUUCCAUGGCAUGGGGUUCGCACCGAAGGAAAGAAUCUCAAAAAGAACACCCGACAUCCUCACAUUCAUUUAUACCACAAUCAUCCAAUGAUAACACACCUGAUCUUGCAUGCGAAUCAACCAUGAAAGAACAAACACCUUUUAUUCUACCUUUUCGCGUAUUGUAUUCGAUUUCCACUCUUUACCGUAUGAUUGGUUGGUGGACAGAAGCUAGAGCAGAACUUUGCAUGAUUUUGGCCACCAUACCGAUCAUUACCAUAGAUAAAAGACUUUCUGAACGAGAUGAUUGGUAUAUUGCUAAGAUUCGGGAUGACAUGAUCAGUGAAAAAAGCUAUAGACUUCAAGGGCUUAAAUUAGCGGAGAUGACUAAGGAGGGUUUGGUAGUCAGAACAAUAAGAGAGUUGAUGACAUGUUUCGAGAAGGAACUCGAUUUUGCACAAGAUCGACAAUUGGACAAAACUAUAGGUAAUAUAAUAGUAUUAAUGCAGUUCGGCUGGCCCUACUGGCGUGAUCGAUUACGACUAGUGUUGUUACCGAAAAUCAAAAGUCGAGGAGGAUUGAAAUAUCCAGAUAUGUUGCGAUUUUUAUACAAUGUAGAAAUACUCAGUGAAAUGCUCGAUCUUUAUAAAAAAACGCCAAAUAUUGAAUUCUCCUUUUGUCUGGACAACUCCCUACCCGCUUCAACUUCCGUAUCGAUAAAAGCCUUGGAAAACCGCAUAUCAAACUCUUUGGCAUGUAACAUCGGUAAAAUGGCGGCAGAAUUCUUUCGUGAAAGGUUAAAGGACGAACAAAUCAAUAUUAACAGUAAUGGUGUUGAAU